UGUCCUUUUGUCUCUACAACACAAAAGUAUGUAAAUGGAGUAACACUAAAUGCACUCAAUGCAAACAUCCAGAAUACGUAUUUUUCACUCAUGAUAUCUACCAAUGGUUGAAAUGUUCUUGCUGUAAUGAAAGAUAAAAGAGCAGAACUUCCACUAAAUAGCAUCGAAGCAAAUGUUUUUAAAAUGGGUGGAAAGAGUUCUCCGAUAAGAGCAUUAGGUACUGGUACUAAUCCAUAGGAAAUAGAACAAUUAAAAAGAAAGAGAGCAAAAAUUGGAAGCCAUGUAAGAUCAUGAGAGUCAAAACCACAUGAUAAAAAAUGAAAAUGACAUCCAAGAAGUGUUAAAGCACAACCUGUACCAAGACUAGAAACAAUCAAAAGUGAUUUACGUCCAAAUUUAUCAACUACAAUUGUGGCAGUCGAUGCUGCAACAACUGUGCAUAAACUUAAAGCUAUUACAACAGUACCUGGUGCAAAAUUAACUCCACUUUUGGUUUGCAAAAUUCUCGGAAUCGCGUAGAGAAAUCAGUUUUUGUACUGCCUAUAAAAUCCUUAAGAGCUUGAAUUUCUUUAGGAAUAUCUGCUUGACGUUUGAACCACUUUAAUGAUUCUUUUGCACGCUCCAUAUCAUUAUUUGCUAUAUGAUGAUAUGGUGACUCCGGAAUGAAAAAAAUUAAAAUAAAUUGAAAUAAAACAAUGAAACUUAGACUAAUAUAUCCGAAUUGAUCUAAGUGUAGAUAAGAUCCCAUGAUAUUUCCAAGGAGUCCACCGAUAAAUGCUGCAUUUGUGCACAGAAAUAUCUAGGAAAGAAUCAUAAUUGUAUUAACUUCUGUGGUAAUAUCAAAGUAUUAUGAUAAAUUUAUAAAUAAUUUUACCAAGGAACCACGAAUGGAGGGAUCAGCGAUCUCACCUAAAUACAGCGAAAGUGUAGUCCAGAUCAUUCCUCCACCAAUACCGGAGAAAAAUCUUGCAACAAAAAGCCAAAAUGGUGAUUUUGCCAUAAUCAUACAUAUCCAACCGAUUGCUAAUGGACAACCGCCAACUACUAAUGUCCUUUUUCGUCCAAUUAUACCUAAAAGGAGUUCAGAUAAAUUCUUUAAUAAUCUCAGAUUUUUUAAUACAAUAAAUACAAUUAAUACAAUAAAUAAUUAUUAAAUAAUCAUCAUAAAAUAAGUACAAAUUUAAUCUACAAAUUUAAAUUUAAUCUUAUAAUACGUUCUAACUUAUACCUUGAGUUAAUGCACCGAUUAUUGCACCAACAAAUCUACCUAAAUUGAGUAGAGAUGCAACCCAAGAUGCUUCAGAAUUAGUGAGCAUUAAUGGAGAUUCGACAUUCGGUGAAGUGAGUUGAGCUAAAUAUGGUGAAGUCCAUCCAGUGGAAAGACCAGCCAUUCAAGUGAUACACCAGCAUCACGUUUAUUAAUUUAUACAGUAAAAGUAUUGAAAAUUUUUAACAAACAAAGAUUUAAUAUUCCACGUAUUGAAGGCAAAAUGUCGAUAAAUAAGCCUAGAAGAUCUGGAGAAAAAACCAUUGAAUGUCACAGAAGAUAAAAUUCAAGAGACGCGAGAUCAUAUUCGUGGAAAUACAAGGUGAAUCUGUUGCUAUAAGUAUUUGCAUUUUAUGCACAGAUCAAAAGGAUAUGAAUGAAUAAAGCAUUUUAAGCUGUCAUGAACGAACUGUUGAGUUCUUCGUAUGAAGUAUUUUAAUCAAAUUCUCCACCUUAACUACAAUUUUUUUAUGUGCAUCGUUUUAGCAAUGAAAUUGCUCGAGAGACAUCACAGUCGCUGACUGACACAAGUGAGGAUGAAACUUUUGAAGAUUUUUCUAAUACAGUAAGCAGUGUUUGUAGCAACACAAAUUCACUUUCUACAAAUACCAGGUUAAUCUUAAAGUGCUUAAGAAAGCCGUUGAUACUUGGACUACGCGAUAUCAUGUUAAAGCGGCCUCAAGACCCAGUAGAUUACUUGGCUUGUUGGUUAUUGAAUUACCGAAGUUGUCAGGAGAAAACUAAACUGCAAAACCUAGAAAAUGAAAAGCUGACGUUGCUUAGAAGCCAUCUGCACCACUUGCAGACAUCACAAAAUAAUUGGUAUGCCAAAAUCAAUAGAAGACGUGCAAGUAACCCAAGACGACAAGCUGUAUGAUCAAGAAUUGUUCAAAACUAAAGCAAGUACAAGGAUAGAGCAAGUGAUUGCUGGAAGCAUCAAAGACAUAAGGAGCAAGAAGUUGGUAGCAUUUAUGUGGUUCAAGGUUCGGUGAACAAGUUGGAAAUAGGGCGAGGAACCCUUUUGUUCUAUCCAACCAACCAGCGACCUUUGUAUCUAUUGCCAUCGACGAACAACAGAACAGAUGUCCUGACAGCGGGCCACGGGCCACCAGGAUGCCGACAGACGACGACUAUGGCCGAAGAGAACGUCUCCUGUUGCACCAACACUCAACUUCUCAAUUCGGAACAUCGACGACAUCAUCAACGGUAUCAGGAACUAAUAACGGAAUCUCAAGUUCACAAAGUGUUCCGACCAGCGCCGGUAGUGGAAUUAACAGUAGUAGUACCACUGACUGUUAUCUCAAACAGCAAUUAUCACAGCCAGAAUCGAGAGCUCCUUCAUCUACGAGUGUUUCCCAAGAGCUUUAUCAGAAGACGGUAUGUGGAAAUAGCAACGGAAAUAACGAAAGAAUUGAAUCAAAUGAGUCGACUGACUAUGGAGCCCGAAUUACGAUGGAUAAAUAUGAAAAACAAGUUGAGAAGCAACAACAAUCACUGGACGAUUCGACAACAUAUAGCGAUCAAUCAAGAUCAAUUACAUCAUGUUGUGAACGGUUUAAUGUGCCACAAAACCAUGAAAAAUUCAAUCAGCCCACAUUGUGCACUGAGGGAAACCAGAGCAAUCAUCAAUACUCAAGACAACAGCAACCAGUAUCACAGAAUGGCAUUAUGCCAUAUUUUAGAUACACUGAAACGAAUUCAAACACAACCGAUCAAAGGCUGUCCAUUCAAUCAACUGAUCGCUUUCAACGUAUUGAUCGUUUUCAAAGUGACAGCGCUUUGGCAGCGAUGCCAAAAUCUUCGGUGGUUGGUGAAUAUGCCAACUCAGGAAUUCUUGCUCUAUCUACUAGUAAACCAUUUUCUCCGGAAACUUUUCCCUCACCACCUUCACCUGCACCGACAAAUGACCGCUUUGUACCGCCGCCACCGCUUUCUCCAAGUUCCAGUGACAAAUAUGCUUCUACUCAUAGUUUGGUUGGUUAUCCUUCUGCUGAUCGGAUUUUGCCUCCUGGCUCUCCAAAUAUCAGAAACCGUUACGGAACUGCGCCAGCAUCACCAAUUCCUAAAAAUCGAUUCGCAUCAACUGAAAAGUUACUGGCGUCUACCAAUACUAGUUCCUCGAGUACAACACACGAUGCCAAAGAUCAACAACAACGAUACGCAGUAUCAACCGAACGUCUUUUGGCUAAUGGAUCACCUAUAUUGGGUGGACUUCAGAGAGACUCUGUCAGUCUUUUUCAAGUAUCAGGAUCUACCAAUGAAUUUAAUAGAUACACUUUGUCAUCGGAAAAACUGCUCACAUCGUCACCAAUUCAUGCACCAGUUCCAGAAAGAUUUGCCAGUAAGAAUGGUGAUAGGUUUAUAACUGAUUCACCUACUCAUGAUCGUUAUCAUCGACACGAGUCAUCUAGUAUUCAUCAUGAUCGAUUAUCAACAAUUACGACAUGUGAUAAAUAUCUAUCAAAUACAUCUAAUUUAGAAACAACACAUCAACCAUAUAAUACUUCUGAUAGAAUUCUUGGUAGCUCAUCUGCUACUGAUGCCAUAACAUCACGACGUUUCUCUACUACUGAACAAUGUCAAAAAUAUUCCGACAGAGGUGACAGAUGUUCUAGCUCAAGUUCACCAGCACCUACAGAAUAUUCAUGUAGAUAUUCUACCUUCCAAGAUAUAUCCGGUCAAUCACGAUAUACUAUUGAUCGUUUCAAUGAUCUUACACUUCAACGCCUAAGUCAAUCACGAAUCAAUGACAGAUUUAGUGACCGUUAUCUCGUUAAUUCUUCACCUACUCAUGACGGAAGAACCACUUCAGAAUCAACUAAUCGAUUUGUUAAUACAUGUUCAACUGAACGACUUUUGGUCUCCUCAUCGCCUUCAUCAUCUGAAAAUAGCAGAUUUCAUAGCCUUUUUACAACUUCUGGUCAAACAAAUAGUGAUCGGUUUAUUCAACAAUCUCCAACAUCUGACAGUAAUAAUACAAACCACCGGUAUCAAAGUCAAACGUCAACUAAAAGUGACAAAUUUAUUCAAGUUGCAAAAUCUGUAUCGAGUUAUGAUCGUUAUCAGCUCACUAAUCAAGAUCAAUAUGAGCGUACGAAUCAAGAAAGAGUAUAUGGAUUUGAACGUUACGGAAACUUGGUAGCAAACAAUAGUGAUCGGUAUCAAGGAAAUGAGCAACGCUUCCAUGGAAAUUCUGAAAUUUAUUCUCCAGCACGAGGAGUUGAAGACAAGUACUUGUCACUGCCAAAACCAAAGGAUUCUUAUCCGACAGGCAGAAUAGUUUCAUCGUGUUCGUCUGUUACCAGUGGUAAUGAAGGCAGAAAUUAUCCCAGUUCUUCAGGAACGAGUAGUUAUGUGCCGCCAAAUGCACAUACACCGGUGGAACGAUAUGUACCUCAACCACCGCCAGAGGUACUUUAUCCAGAAAGAUAUGUUGACAGAUAUGUGCCACCUCCAGCUCAUACACCCACAGAUCGUUACGUUCCAACUGCUGAAUCAAGUGAUCCGUAUAUGCGACGAGAUCUUGGAUUUCAUCAUCAUUAUCGGCUACCACCACCUGGAUACCCAUACCAUCAAUCACAUUUUCGUUUUCGUGGUUUCACAUACGCACCACCUAGUCGAUUAGGUGGCAGUCCUGGAUCAAGUAGCUCCAGCAGUUCAACGUCAAUGCAACGAGAAUUCACUACAUCACCUUUAUUACGACCAAAAGUUCGUGCUUCAGCAAUCGAAUUCACAUCCACUGGAAUCCCCAAUCAAUCAUGUUGUAGUGAUGCUAUUGGAGGACAAAGAAAUUGCUGUCAAGUUAGGAGAUCAUUGCCUCCAGGUGCACUAUCUUCAAUAUCGUCUAACCAAUCAUCACACUCAUCGUGGCAACAAUCUCCUAGUUCAGGAACGACUGGAACAUCGACAAUAUCCUCAUCCGGUGGUGAUGGUGAGAAUGCUCCAAGUAUUGUUCCAACAAUAUCACCAUCCGUGCCUUCGGCAACCACCACUUCGACAAUCGGUGUAUCAGGUUCAGCUAUUACACGAAGUGUUUCAGCACCGGCAACAUCUAGACCAGGUGUUCAAGUGAAUACUUCAAUUAGCACUUCUGCAUCAACAGGUCAAAGACCGAAACUCAAGAGAAAUAUCAGUCGUACUGAGACUAUUAGAAACUAUAUCAAAAAAGAAACUGCAAAGUUUUUUGGAGUCGAUGAAGAAACAGAAGCUGCUGAAAAGCAACGAUGGCUGGACCGUCGCAGACGCUUUGCUUCAAGAAUGUAUGGUGAAUUAAAUCCAGACCAUAAACCACUUGAUCCUGAUAUAACAAAAGAUGUUCCUGAUGCAAGUGAAUCAGCAGAAAGUGUUACGUUACGAAGAUGGCAGCAACCUGUCAGAAGAAAAGAUUCUGUCGUGCGAAUGACAUUGUCAGGACUUCAUUAUAUGGUUGAUAGGCUGACACGACAACGCUCACGAGAAAGAUCUGAGUCGCGACCUGAAUCUCGAAGUUUUCCACCUAGCGUGAUCUCCAUUUCUCAGACAGAAACUAGCGAUGUGGAAAAUUUUGGCCAGAGCGAUAAUACUGUUGAGGAAGAGGAAGAAGAGGUAUUUUUUCAAAAACCUACACCACUACCAUCACCACCCGCGUCAUCAGCUACGUCAACGCUUCAACAAUCACAAAUCUCCUCUGAUCAAGUUGCAAUAGCCCGAGCCAAAGACGAUGAAAUUACGUCGUCAAGUGUUGAUCCUAACGAAAAAUCUGCAUCCACUUUAGAUCGUGCCAACAUUAUUGAAGAACUUCCUGGAUUUAUACCACAAAAAGAAGAAAGACUCGUAACGGAUGGAGUACAACAACAUAUUAGACGACCUAAUUCCUCCAUAAAAGAUCAUUAUACAUCUAGAACGAGUUGGCGCAGGUCACGAUAUGACGUAAGACCGAGCGAUGAGGUAACACCGUUUGGUCAGAAACAGGAAGAGAAUAUUAUUCUAAGGAGAGAGAUAACAGGACGAACUCGAAUAUCACCUAACACUAUUGAUCGGGUCUUUGAUAAUAGUAAUCGACGUCAAUAUGGUAUGGGAAUAAUUGGUAGAUUCUUCGGAUCAUUUCGGAGGAAUAUUGCUCAUAAACCUCACAUUAGAAAACAGUUGGAUGAUAUUGAAGACCACAGGCCAUUCUUUACCUACUGGAUAACCAUUGUUCAAAUUCUAGUAAUGAUUAUUUCAUUAGCGUGCUAUGGAUUUGGACCUGUUGGUAUUGACGUAAAUCAUCGAUCAGGUCUUGUUCUCGUGACGAGUCUUUCGUUGCAACAAGUGGAUUAUCAAGAACCAGCAAACUUUUGGAUUGGUCCGAGAGCAGCUGACCUCAUUCAUUUAGGUGCUAAAUUUGCACCUUGCAUGCGACGAGACAUGAAAAUUCUCAAAGAAAUCGACGUAUGGAGAGAAAGAGAACGAGACACAGCUUGUUGCAUUAGAAAUGAUGACUCAGGUUGCGUACAAUCGAGUAAAGCAGAUUGUUCAAUCCGGGGAGUGAGAUCGACAACGGUGACGAAUACCAUAUCAACGUGGAAGAAAUGGGGCCCUAGUGAUAGCGGACCAGGAGGAAGAAUAAGUGGAUCAGUAUGCGGAUUAGACCCAAAAUUUUGUGAUGCACCGGCAAGUAUAGCGCCUUAUGAAUGGCCGGAUGACAUCACCAAAUGGCCAAUUUGUCGAAAAACAAAUCCUUUUAGUCAAAGAUUUCGAAGCAAUAAUGGUCGUCCGUCAGGCAACAAUAACUUCCCUGUAGGAAGGUAUAAAGACAAAAUGGCAGAACACAUGGUAUGCGAAGUUAUCGGACAUCCUUGUUGCAUUGGUAUCCAUGGAAUGUGUAGGAUUACGACGAAAGAGUAUUGUGAUUUUGUUCAUGGAUAUUUUCAUGAAGAAGCAUCUCUUUGUUCUCAAGUUGAAUGCCUCCAUGAUGUUUGUGGAAUGAUACCUUUUUUACAUCCUGAAUGGCCAGAUCAAUUUUACAGAUUAUUUACUACGACAUUCCUUCAUGCUGGAAUCUUGCAUCUCGCUAUCACUCUACUUGUUCAAUAUUAUCUAAUGAGGGAUCUCGAAAAAAUAACAGGGUCUUUAAGGAUAGCUUUAAUAUAUUUUACUGGAGCAUUAGCUGGAAAUCUUGCUAGUGCAAUAUUUAUUCCAUACCGAGCUGAAGUGGGACCUGCGGGUGCACAUUUUGCUCUUCUUGCAACAUUAGUUGUAGAAGUUCUGAACUGCUGGCCAAUGUUGAAACACCCACGACGAGCGUUAACAAAAUUAAUUCUCAUACUUACGGGAUUUCUUAUUCUUGGAGUUCUACCAUGGGUGGACAAUUAUGCCCAUUUUUUUGGUUUCAUCUUUGGUUUUCUAGCAUCUUACGCUUUGAUGCCGUUCAUUUCUUUUGGUCAAUAUGACCAUCGCCGUAAAAUUCUUCUUAUUUGGAUUUGUCUAUUUCUUAUACUCGGAUUGUUUGCACUUCUUUUAACUCUAUUUUAUAAUAUUCCAGUGUAUGAAUGUGAAAUAUGUAAACUUUUCAAUUGUAUUCCAUUUACUCGAGACUUUUGCGCUUCUCAAAAUAUAAAUUUCAAAAGAGAAGAGCCUGUAUGACAUUCGGGGCCGCGGUUACCAGUCGAGCGCCAAGUACCGCUUGGCCCCCAAAAUUACGCUCGUCAAAACGCACACAAUGAAAAUAUUCUUAUAACAAAUGCCAACAAUCACAAUGAAAUAGUUGUAGCUUUUUUCGCUACAACUAUGUCAGUAUAUAAAUAUUUUAAUGAUUACAAACAAUGAAAAAAUAAAUUCUUUACGUAUUUAUGAUCAAUCGUAAUAAAUACUUGAAUUGAUGUAAUUCAAUAAUUGUACAGGCAUUAUAGAGAUAAAAAAAAUAUUAUAAUAAUCGAUAAAUUAUUCUUGACCUUUUCCACUACUGCCAUUCAAUAACUUAAUUAAAAUCAUGUAAACACACUCGUUGAUACACAGUGGGUGUAUGACAACAAAAUGCCUUAAAAUUGACGGUACGAACUGUAAAAGAUGACGUGUAGUUUCGACGAUUGUGAAUAAUCUCAAUUUUUGUAAAUAUGAUAUUAAAAAACGAGUUAAUUAUAUGCACUCAAUCUUCAAUAUUAUUUCCCAUGAUUCUAAUACUCAUCUUUCGAAUGUAUUAUGUUAUUAUGAUUAAUCAUAAUAUCAAUAAUAAUAACUAUUAAUAAUCAUCACAAUAAUAAUUAUUAUUAUUAUAACUAUAACAAUAAUAAUAAUAACAAAAAUAAGUGUAAUAUAAUUUAUUAAUAUUAUUAUUGUUAUACCUUCUUGUAAUACUAUGACAAGUAAAUUUGUAAAUAAAUAAUUCUUCUUAUCUGCUUAGCAGUUGCAAUUUUAAUUAAACUGCGAUAUAGAUAUUAAAGAACUAAUUAAUGAGUAAUUGAAAUCAUUUUGAACGCAAAAAAAGUCUGUGAAGUGAUAAAAAAUUUUUUCAUCACUCAAAAUUAAGUAUGACAAUGUCAAAAACAAAAAAAAAAAGAAAUUAAAUAUAAAAAAAAGAAACGAUCGAAAAAUAAAAUUAUUUAGUUUGUGUAUAACAAGAAAUGGGAACAUUUAAAUGAGUGACAGUGAUAAAAUAUUGAAUUCUUUUUAUAAUCAGAAGUGAAUGAUUCGAUGUAUUAGACAAAAACUCUUUAAUCAAUUAAAUAAAGUAUUUGUAAAUAAUUAUUCAAUAAAAUAUGUUUACAUUGAAUGAACAAAUGAUAAGUAAUGUAGUUAAAGAUGAGAAUUGUAAAAUUUUCAUCUUUGAAAGUGACACUAAACAUUUACCUUGAAUAAUGUAAUGUAAUGACAUGAAUGUGUAUUUUAUUAUAAAAACCUAUGUGGUGAUGAUAAACAAGUAAAGUAAAAAUGAUAAGAGCGAAAUCAUCGAAAAUGUACGUGAGAUUUAAUGAUAUAAAUCGAAAAUACAUUUACAUUGUUUGGAUGGAUUUCAUUGAAUUGAAGAAAACUGUUAAUUUAUAUUAUGAAAAAUGAAUACAAGUUAUAUAAAAAAAUGCAUUUAUCAAUGAAAAUAUGAAUAAACAAGGAUCUGAAAAAGUACGAAAAAAAACUAAAAACGAAAUGUGCCACGAAAUAAGAAAAUUCAGAACGAUCUUUAGCAUUUUUAUCAUAACUGAGUGUAAUUUGUAAAUUAAUAAAUAAAGUUACCGUUACGGCGUAAAUGCAUCCAAUAUUAUACUUUUUUUUUAGUUUAUUUUUUAUUAAUAAUACAAAUCUCUGAUAACAAAAUACGACUGUUUACUUAACAAUAGGUUGAUUGAUUUAUUUAUAAAUAAUCUGUAACGAUAAUAAUUAUUUCUGUGAUUGAGUUUUUUAUACAAUUGAUUUUGAAGAAUUUUUUUUUAUUAUUAAAUUUUUACAAUUAAGAUUCAAUUAAGUGAUAAAUGUUACAUAUAUUCUUCCAACAAGAAUUUUUAAGUGUCGACAUUAAUGUAAAAUAAUAAUGAUAAUAAUAAAAAAUAAAAAUUUAAGGGUGCUUUGAGCGUAUCAAUUGUACGGUAACUUUUUUAAAAGACUAAGAAGUAUAGAAAUAUAAAUAUAAAUAUUAUUUAAUAUUAACAAAUAAUGUACAGAAAAUAUGAAAAAAUAUAAUGUGUCAGAACUAUGGCCCUUUAGGAUUAUUCUUUCGCACAAAUAUCUUUUGAACAAAUACUAUUUAUUAAGAAGGAAUUCUAUUCUUUUAGCUUCUAAACCUAUACAUAAAAGCCCGAUAUUUUUUUUAUUCAUUCGAACUUCUAAACCGUACGUAUAUAAAAUAUUAGAAGAGCGAAUGAAUAAUUGAAAAGGUGCGAAAGAAUUUUUCCUGAUCACCUCAUUCGCAUUCAAACAUUAAUUUAGACAAAUUUAUAAAUGAUUUAAUAAUAUUAGGUUUUCAAUGUCACAUGUUUCUGACACACUAUUUACAAUAACUGCAUAUGAAAAAUAAAGAAUACAUAAAUAAAUCAACUUGCAACAAAGAAUAACAGUCUGUAAGAAAACAAAUCCAAUGCAACAUAAUUAAAUAUUUUUUUUUUAUGCAAAAAAAUUGAACAUUACUAUUCAUCAUUAAAAAAAAAAAUUAUAACUAAACAUUAAAAUAAUUUAAAUUUUAUAUUCAUUCGUUUUUAUUGUUAUUGCAAUAAAUUUCAUUAUUAUCUAUACGUUGAAUAUUGACUAUUAACAUGGUGAUUCUGAAUAAUUACUCUCAUUAUUUUAUAUUCAUUUAAUCGUCCUUUUAAAUUUAAUAAAGACAACAAAAUAUGCUAAAUAUGUAUAAUAUUAAUAUACAAUGCAUUCAAAAACUUUGUGAUAAUGAGAAAUAAAAUCGUAGUAUAUAUACAUUGAUGUGUAUAUAUAUUCGAAUUUAUGAUCAAGACGAGUGCAAGUGUGGUAAUUGUCGAAAAAAUGACAUUGUUAAUUAUUGUAAAUGUGUCAUAUACAUAGCAUGCGUAAAACAAAACAAAAAACAUUGACAAAAAUAAAUCUGAAAUACUUCGA